CCAUAAAACUACACAGUUUUCCCCAGCCAGUGCUUCAAAUCAGAGUGAGAAAACCAACCUCAUAAACAAGAGCUAGAACAUGAGUUUCCUUAAACAACACAAAAGUUGCAUAGUUUUAACCAUAUGGGCUCUUGUUUUUCUGCUUUCCUCCAUUGAUGUAGCAGCUAAAUCUCGUCAGCCAAUCUCUGAAUCCGAGAUUCGAGAGAGAAGAAACCAGUGCUAUGCAGACAUCGAAAGUGGAUUAUGGGGUCAGCAAUGUAAAUCUUCCAAGAUAGCAAAGGAGAAUUGUGCCUUGAAUUGCCUCUCACCAACCUGUUAUCAGCUCGUCUAUGAGAGUGAUCCGUUGGAAGAAGGAGAAAAAGAUUACAUCAGGAGUCAAGAGUACAAGUACUGCAUGCACAAAGUAUCUUUAGGAGAGAGCCUGGAUGAUAUUAGAGGGGCCUUUGAUUAGCAUGCACGGGGAUGGAAGUUUUUAAAAUUCUACUGUUCUAUAUGUAUCUCAGCAUGGCCAAACAAGAUCAGAUGGAUGUCGUGCAUUGGGGUGGGAAGUGGU